UCUUUUCCUUUACUGCGCGAACUGCUAAAUCCACAGAAUCCCACGUUACCAUUUCUCCAAAAUUUCCUGCAAUACACACACACUCUAGUGUGCAACUCUGCGAAUUUCUGCAUAGAAUCUCGUGUUGCUGUUUCUCCAAAAUUCACUAUAAUACUUACACGCAGACACACGCACUGCCGUGUGGAACUCUGUGUAUUCCAGCGUUGAAUCUUGUGCUAUGGGGUUGGAGAGGAAGCUUACGAAUAGAAGUUUUCUGAGAGCAUUGAUCAAGAAUCGGACAUGGGGGUAUUGCAGUAGCAGUUUGGGUUCGGAGCGCGGCUUCUCGGCUUUGGCUGCGCCGGAGCUGCCAGCUUUCGACUACGAGCCGAAGCCGUACAAGGGGCCAUUAGCAGAUGAAGUUUUCGGGAAGCGCAAGAAGUAUUUGGGCCCCUCUAUUUUCCAUUACUACCAGAAGCCACUCAAUAUCGUUGAAGGGAAAAUGCAGUAUUUGUUCGAUGAGAACGGAAGGCGUUAUCUUGACGCAUUUGCAGGAAUUGUUACAGUGUCUUGUGGUCACUGCCAUCCCGAUGUGUUGAGUGCUAUAACAGAACAAAGCAAGCUUCUUCAACAUGCAACCACCAUAUACUUACACCAUGCAAUAGCCGAUUUUGCAGAAGGUCUAGCAUCUAAAAUGCCAGGAAAUCUAAAGGUUGUGUAUUUUGUAAAUUCUGGGACAGAGGCUAAUGAGCUAGCUAUGUUGAUGGCAAGAUUGUACAGUGGCAACCUAGGUAUGAUUGCCUUAAGAAAUGCGUAUCAUGGUGGAAGUUCUAGUACAAUUGGACUGACUGCUCUAAACACAUGGAAAUACCCAAUUCCUCAGGGUGAAAUUCAUCAUGUUCUGAAUCCAAACCCGUACCGUGGAGUGUUCGGAUCAGAUGCGAAGCUUUAUGCUGAAGAUGUUCAGGAUCACAUUGAGCAUGGUACUUCCGGAAGAGUUGCUGGAUUUAUUGCUGAGACAAUUCAGGGAGUUGGAGGAGCAGUCGAGUUAGCCCCAGGAUACUUGAAAUUGGUUUACGACAUUGUUCGUAAAGCUGGUGGUGUAUGCAUCGCUGAUGAGGUGCAAACUGGCUUUGGUCGCACGGGAAGCCACUACUGGGGUUUUGAAACACAAGAAGUCAUUCCCGACAUAGUCACCAUGGCUAAGGGUAUUGGAAACGGCUUGCCACUCGGAGCUGUUGUGACGACUCCCGAGAUAGCAAGCGUGUUGGCUCAGAAAAUACAAUUCAACACUUUUGGAGGAAACCCCGUGUGCUCUGCUGGUGGACUAGCAGUGCUCAGAGUUCUUGACAAAGAGAAACGUCAAGUGCAUUGUGCUGAGGUUGGCUCCCACAUGAUUGAGCGUCUAACAAAUCUUCAGCAUAAACACGACAUAAUUGGCGACGUACGAGGCAGGGGCCUAAUGGUUGGGGUAGAACUAGUGACCGACAGAAAACAGAAGACACCAGCCAAGGCAGAAACCGCAGUGUUGUUUGAAAGCCUUAGAGAACUCGGCAUUUUGGUUGGCAAAGGCGGACUUCAUGGGAAUGUUUUCAGAAUAAAACCCCCCAUGUGUUUUACCAAAACAGAUGCAGAUUUCUUGGUUGAUGCAUUGGACUAUGCCAUUUCAAAGUUGUAAGAAAACUACCCUAAAAGUAGUAGUUUUAACUUUGGAGGAUGAAUGUGUUGAAAAACUCUUGAUCGACUUCUAAACGGUCAUUCUCCCAUUGAGAGGGAGCCGAUAGAAAAUAUCCGUACUAUGACUCAAUAAUGUCUAUCAACUUUAGUGAAAAAUAUGUGGUAGAUUUCAACAGGUUUAACAGUAUGAUUAAGAAUGAAGUCUUGUAUUACAAGUGCUUGCACAACGACGAAAGGUGGUUUCUAUGUA